AUGGCCAGGAAUAUUUCUCGUCAGUUCAAAUUUGAUAAUAAAGAAAAGAUGUCAAUAGCUAAAUUUUUGAGAUAUUUAGAAGUAACCAAUUACUUUGAAGGAUUACAUAAAAGUUGUGAAGAAAUACAAAAAUUAGAAAAUGAAUCAGAACAAAUUCAAAAAAGUAAAUCUAUUAUUAUUAAAAGUUAUAAGGUUGAUUCACCAGAUAUUAAAUUAAGGGAACUUAUUAAUAAAAAUAUUACAGUAGAUAACAUAUUUCUUCAAAGAAACUGGUGUUAUAGACUAAUAAAUGAAAAACCUCAAGAAUUUACACUAAAACAAGGAGAUUUUAACAGACGUUAUGAUAAAGAAGAUCAAGAUUACUUAAAUCAUGAAAAUGAUACUUCAAACUUGCAUUAUGACAAUACUGCAGACAAAUCUAGUCAAAUAAUUCAUUUUGAACCACACAAAGGAUUUCCAAUUGUAAAUUAUGAAUACUUUGAUAUAAAUGAUAUAACUAAAUAUAAUCCAGAGCCAUUAAGUAUUCAAAUAAAAUCUCAUAAUACUAAAAGAAAGUAUUUUUAUGAUGUACAAAAUAAAAAUAUAGAAACUCAAGAUAAUCAAGAUGAAAAAUAUGAUACAGAAUUAGAAAAUUUAAAUGAAAUUAUUUUAUCCUAUGAAGAUCAGCUUAGUAAGAAUGAAAAAUUUGAACCAUAUGUUCUUAAAUCUAAUCAACAACAAUCUGAUGAAUAUUCAAAUAUAAAUAAAAAUAAAGAAUUGGAUAUAUUUCAAGAUUUAUUAUCAAGAAGUGAUUAUUGUAGAUUUGAUUGUAUACAAAAUAUGAAAGAUUAUUUUUAUUUUAGUGAUUAUAGGACUGAAAAUAAAGAUUGUAAUUUAAAUAAAUCAGUAUUAUAUAAUGAAAAACCCUAUUUUAAACGAGAAAUAUUUAGAAAAAAAAAAACUGAUGCACUCUUACCAGGAUAUGACAAUUCAUCUGAAGAAGAUAUUGACCAAAAUUAUAAAAAUAAUCAAGAAGAAAGCAAAGUUGUGAAUAACAAUAUUAUAUAUAUAAAAGAAACUGUUGAAAAUGAGGAAGAAACUCAAGCUAAAAAUACAAUCAAAUAUUUUUAUGAUCAUCCUUUAGAAUUAGGACUUUAUAUUAAAAAAAUUGAUAAUUUGAUUAAUAAAAGAAAAUAUGCUUAUGAAGAAGAGAAAUAUCAACGUUUACAUUCAGAAUAUACUUUAAAACAUAAAAUAAAGGAAUAUAUAUAUUUACAUAAUAUGAUGUAUGAAAAUUAUAGUAAAAUAGAAUUAUUACAAAAAGAGUUAUCAUAUAGAAGUCAAUUUUUAAUAAAUUAUAAGGAGGAACUUAGUAAUAAAAUUGAUGGUUUAUUAGAAUUAAAACAAAUUUUAAUCAAUUCAUUUGGUAUGUUAUGCCAUUGGUGUGUAUGCGAACCAAAAUAUUUAGAUAGGAAAUGUACACAAAAAUGGGGUCAAAUAAGCUCAGCAUUAAUACCAGGUGGUAGAUCAGCUCAUGCUUUACUACUUUGUAAAAGAAUAUGCCAUUUUGAUAAUAGACUUGGUCAGCUAUAUGCAUCAAUGUAUAAAAAAAAUUUGACUCUUGGAAAUAAAAUCUUGAAACAAAAAAAAAUUAAUACUUCAUAA